AUGCCUCCAACUCCAAGCGUCAAAGUUGGGCAUAUUCAUGAUGUCCAAGAACUGGGAAGAAACAAAUCAUCAGAAAUCCCUGAAAGAUUUAUCAGGGACACUUCUGAGCGGCCAUCUCUCGAUGAUCAGCAGCAGCAGCAGUCCUUUUCUUGUGACAACAACAUACCUAUUAUCGAUCUCUCAAAACUUGUCAAGGAAAAUAAAGACGACGAUGAUGAUUUUUGUACUGAGAUAAUGAAGCUCACAACAGCAUGUCAAGACUGGGGAUUUUUCCAGGUGAUGAACCAUGGAAUUGAAGUGGAGUUGCUAGAAAGAAUGGAAAAAGUGGCCAUGGAAUUUUUCAACUUGCCUUUGGAGGAGAAGAAAAAGUAUCCAAUGGCUCCAGGGACAGUGCAAGGGUAUGGGCAAGCGUUUAUUUUCUCAGAGGACCAAAAGUUGGAUUGGUGCAAUAUGUUUGCACUUGGGUUGGAGCCCAAGUUUGUUAGGAACCCAAAGCUUUGGCCAACUAAACCCUCUGAUUUCAGUGAAACACUAGAGAUAUAUUCGAGAGAAAUACGGAAAUUAAGCAAGAAAUUGCUCAAGUGCAUAGCUACUACACUGAGUUUAAAAGAUGAAGUUUUUGAGGAGAUGUUCGGGGAGAGUGUCCAAGCCGUGCGGAUGAAUUACUACCCAGCAUGCCCCAGGCCCGAUCUCGUUUUGGGCCUCAGCCCACAUUCUGAUGGAAGUGCUAUUACCGUUUUGCAGCAAGGUAAAGGAAACCCAGUUGGGCUUCAGAUUCUUAAAGACAACGGUUGGGUAUCCGUUCAACCCAUUCCCAAUGCUCUAGUCAUCAACAUUGGUGAUACACUUGAGGUGCUAACGAAUGGGAGAUACAAGAGUGUGGAACAUAGGGCAGUGGCAAACAAAGAAAAAGACAGGCUAUCGAUUGUGACAUUUUAUGCUCCAAAUUAUGAAAUGGAAGUUGGGCCAAUGAAAGAAAUGGUGGACGACAACAACCCCUGCAAAUACAGAAGGUACAAUCAUGGAGAGUACAACAAACAUUACGUUACCAGCAAGCUUGAAGGCAAGAAAACACUUGAUUUUGCCAAGAUUAUCAACAAAUGA